UACAGUCCCUCCUCGGAAUUCAAGUGACGUGUUUUGUUUACCUCUCUGUUACAGAAAAGAAAAAACUUGUAUGGGAAAGAUAGUGCCACAUUUCUCCUUCAUGGUGUCUAGGGUUGGUGUUAGUUGCCAUGGAGUUCACGGAAGACUUCACGCAUCGGCAUGAGGCUUGCUUCCAAUGCAAUGGCUUCUAUGGCCCGUGUUUUGGACAGCCAGUGUGUGCCACGUGUCAUGCCUUCUUGUACCCAGAUGAUGUUUCGAAACAACCUAGUGUUGGACCCUAUCAAGAGAAAACAGAUGAUGGAGACUCUGGUAACGAGGAGCCACGGGAACCGAGUGACUAUUACCAGAUGCAGCAGCAGCAAGAGCAGGAUAGCAUACAGCAACAGCUACAGCAACCAUCACAGCAACAAUUACAGCAACAGCAGCUCCUCCUGCCCCAAAUGCAGCCACAGGAAGGGCUCCCAGGCAACAGCUACUCAGCAGCCGGAGAAGAUGUGUCUGACUUAGAUGUAAUGGAGCCAGGGGGGGGAGGAGGUGCAGAGGGAUGUGUAGCUGAACAGGUUCUUGGGGCAAUAGGAGGAGGAGGAGGAGGAGUUGCAGGAGGAGGAGUUGGAGUUGGAGUUGGAGGAGUUGGAGUUGGAGUAGGAGUUGGAGUUGGAGUAGGAGUAGGGGUAGGAGGAGGAGGAGCAUCAACAUCAUCUGGCAUUGGAGGGUCACUAGUUGUGGUUGGUGGGGGAACCCGGGUAGCUGGCACUUCGGGGAACAACAUACUCGGCAAGAAAGGUGCAACACUCCUCGGCAGCAUUAGUGUUGUGACUGGAGGUGGGGGAAUAAUUACAAGACUAACAGGCAGGACUGUUAUUGCAGGCAGCAUGCCUGUGAGAGAGGCACUGCAGGAAAGGAUCAAUCAGCUCACUUGUCCACGACCGCCGGAUAACUUGGACCCAACACUGAUCCAUCGAAUUCCUCCUGAAGUUCUGGUGCUGGUGUUUGACUUGCUAGAUGACAUGACGCUGUGGUCAGUAGGCCGAGUGUGCCGGCGCUGGCAGCAGUUAGUGGCACGUUAUGUCUCAGAAUCACAGUGGCAGGAGUACACAAAAUGCAGGUGGCCUUUGUACAGGCCUCUCUACACCAAAGUGCCAUGGCAGUUGGUCUACACAAAGUUAACGGAGAGCGCCCCAUGUCAGAUGUGCCUCCAUCAAAUGUCACUCCUCACUGCCCCGCCUUCCAAUGAAAAUUCAUGGAGGCGAAACCGACUACGGAAUGAACUCCGAACCUUGAGGUCUGAUCCUCCUGAGGGGAUUGAGGCUUCACCCUUAGACAAAAUGUCCCUACACUGGCAGGCCUCCAUUCGGGGCCCGGCUGGUUCCCCUUAUGAGGGCGGGACUUUCUACCUCUACAUUCAGAUUCCUCCAAGCUACCCCCUGUGUCCACCUGUUGUACGAUUCAUUACCAUGAUCUUCCACCCAAAUGUCUCCCGUCAUGGUGACAUUGGCAUCGACUCCAUACAGCACAACUGGUCACUGGCUCUCACCAUCUCGAAGGUCCUCAUCUCAAUCCAGUCACUUCUUACAGACCCCUACACCAAGGUAGGUUUCAUGGCUCAUGUUAGUGAUAGGAAAAGGAGCUGCUGCUUUGUUUUUUUAUCGUAGGGUCUGUUGGGUUUU